GCCUCUUUUUUUUUUUUUUUUCUUUAUUUUCUUCCCUCUGUUUGGCAAGGCAAUUCGUGUUGUGUCUGAAACCUCAACAAGAACGACUAAUGAACCCUAGAUCUUCAAAGGAACGGUUUCACCAAUGUCAAAACCCUAGAAGUGUCAUCUUUUUCUGUGCAGAACCCUAAUUUUCUGCAGCCCCUCUCAUUUGCUUAAUUAUUUUUCUUCAAUGGUGGAGGAAGUAGAAGAAGGAGAAGGAACCAGCAGAUCAGGUUCGGUGGCAGUAGCAUCAGCAGCCGCCGCCGAUACUGAUGCUCGUUCGUUUCUUCCUCCACGUAAGAGACUUCUCGCCAAUCUGAAGCAGAAUGGAUGGGCAUCUGCGGAGUCUGCUUCGUCCGCUUCGUCGGUUCGGCUUCGAAAGAGGACCCCAGAAUUGCCGACUAUCUCCGAUUGCCAUGCCUGUGGUGCUCGAAUGAAAAAGAAGGGGAAAGAUAAGCUUCUAACCUUAGAUAGCCAGUGGCGUGUUGUGCUUCUUUGUAAGAAAUGCUUUGACGGUGUAGAAUCCACAAAAAUUUGCUCUUACUGUUUUAUGAAAGUAUCUGAGGAGAGUGCUGGUUGUCGGGAGUGUCAACGGAGGAUUCACAGAGCUUGUAUUUUGAAGUAUCCUGGGUUUUCUCCUUGCUCCAAUUCGGGUUCGGUUUCUUUUAAGUGCAUUGAUUGCUGGGUUCCAAAACCGCCCGCUAAUUCAAAUGGAGCUGGUAGGAGUAAAAACCCUAGUGGAGACAGCAAGAUAUUGUCAGAUGCUUGUUCGGUGGGGAAUUCUAGGGUAUCUGCUCCUCAGGCUUGCUCCAAAUCAUUGGAGGAUGUCAUGAAGGAUGCAAAUUUGGCUGCAGAGAAGAAGAUCGCUGCUGCAACUUUGGCCAGAGAGAAGGCUUUCACAAAAGCUGUUGCAGCAAGAAGGGCUGCAGAGCUGGCAAGAAGUGCACUGAGUUUGGCUGUGGUGGCAUCAAGAGAGAACAGAGAGAAGGAUUCUCCUGCAAGUUGUGCUUCGAUGGAUGAUGCAGAAUUGGCACUCCGGUUGCAUCGGGCGAUCAACAGCUCACCGAGGAUUGCCAAGAACUUGUGCUCAUUAAACUCAGACUGCUUGCAAUCUCCAAGGAUCUGGCACUGUACUGGUAAUGCCUCUGAUCCUGGAAGUCCUAGUGUCUGUGGAAAGCUUGAAGCUUGCACUGAGAACAAAUUAUUUGAAAACCCUGAUAAAACUAUUUCAGAACCUUCAGUUCGCAUUGCCUCAUCGGAUCAUGACUCUUCUAAUGACUUGCGUACUUUGGGAGAAAAUACGAAGGUGGAAAAAGAUUCAAGUCCCCAAGUGAAGCAAUGUAAAGAUUGUGGUGAGGAUAGUGUAAUUGUAACUUCUGAGGAGAUGUUCAAAGCAGGUCCUCUUAAAAUACUGGAUAGUAAAGAAAAUAAAGUGGAACCGCCCAUGAAGGAGGACGAGGCAAGUUGUUCCAAUAAAUUUGUUAAGUCUAGUGGGGAUGACAACAGUACAGACUCCGGAUCGCAAUCUUAUCAGAAGAAAGAUGAGUCGGAGUAUAAUAAGGUUUCACAUAAUGUUGGAAACAUGUGUCAACUCUCAUGUGAGGGAGAUUCUUCUAUGCUGAAAAAAAAAAGAUCUAGUGAUUCUGAUCGGUAUUUAAGAAAGUAUAGUAAGAGGAACUCAAGCUUAAAAGCUGUUCUGGAUUGUAAGACCAAAUUCCUAUAUGAGGAUUUGCCCCUUGAAAGCCAAGCUUCAGCCACUGGACUACCUUGUCUACAGCUGAACUGUUCUAAAGCGUUGAGAACAUUCUCUGAUGCUUCCUUCCAAUCUCCUUCAGUUCCCCUGCAAGCUUCUGCAUAUGAAAGUGGACCAUCUGGAAACCAGUUGUGAAUCUUCACAGGAGAUAUGAUGACCUGCCAAUACAUCUCCUAAUUAUAGAGUGGUGAAGCAACUAGCGAUUGAAGAACUUAGUAGUCUUGUUUUCAUCCUUUUGUAUAUACUCCAGAAUAAUUUAGGAUACCCCAGAGAAGUCCGAGGGAUUGAAAGUUGCAGGAACUGAUUCUUUAUUAAUUGGAAGUGUGGUACAUAGUUUAGUUUCAUUCGAUGCUUAGUAGUGUUCUCAAGGACAGCUGACAAUGGUGCAUUGAAAUUUGUUGUCCAUACUUUGUAAAUUAAUAAUUACCGUGUUACUUCUUUUGUUUUUUUGGUGCUAAGAGUCAGCAAAAGUAUGCAUUAAUUACUGUGUUACUUUUAAUGUCUAUUUGAAUGAAGGAUUAAUUCUUUUCAACAA